CUAAUUCAGAUGUUGAAGGGAGGAGAGGUUUUCUACUACAUCCGACGUAGAGAGAGCAAGCGCACAAGACGCGCUGCUGCGACUAGAACUGCCACACUAUACACGACGACACUGAGGAAGGAUGCAGAAGCUCACUCUCUCCUGCUGCGUAAUAAACGGGAAAUGUUUUGGUCUUCUCCGGCCCUAACAAGGAUUAUACGAAGUCUAUCUAUUUAUUGGUUUUCUUUCGAACUGCGGUGCUUUAGUACGAGAUGCUAUUUUGAUUCUUUUUGAUUCUUCCUAAAAAAACAAAAACAAAUGUAUUUUUCUUCAAUUUCAAUGAGAAUUGGGUCAUGAUCACAUCGCCCGUAUUCUCUGUCCUGAGAAAUAGUAUCGCGAAACCGGUGUGGGAGAGCAGUUCUUUGGGGGAGAAGGACGCGACGAGAAUCAACAAGCCAUUUAUUCACCCGGUCUCUCCCGCAGAUCCUUUACGGCAGGCUAAUCGUAUACCCAUAAAGAUUUUGAAAAUGCUUACUGCACGAGGAGGGCACAUCUUGCAUCCGGAGUACUUACAACCUUUGCCAUCAACUCCUAUCAGUCCAAUCGAGCUGGAUGCAAAGAAAAGUCCGUUGGCUCUCUUGGCACAGACGUGCUCUCAAAUCGGAAAACCAGACCCUCCGUCUUCUUCCAAACUCUCAUCUGUAACCUCGAACGGAUCUAGUGACAAAGAUACCAAAUCCGGACCACUAAAAAUGAGUGACAUUGGAAAUGAAGACAAAUCUAGCUUCAAGCCGUAUUCCAAAUCGUCAGAGAAGAACAAGGACUCCUCUUCCGGCAGUGGCAGCCUGAGUGGAGAUAAAGCAAGUUUCCGAGUGCCUAGCGCCACCUGCCAGCCAUUCACCCCCAGGACAGGCAGUCCCAGCUCCUGCCAUUCUGUGUCUCCGCUGCCGUCUGAUGGCAAACAAGGAGACAAGGAGGAUAAGAAUAAGGAAUCUGAUAGUAAUAAAAACAGUACAACGGAGGGGAACGGUAGCGGAAGUCACAGCCGGAUAUCUGGGAUUAACAGCGAGGUUAGCAAACACCAGGAGCCCACCUCUGGAUCAAAGGCUAUCACAUCAGACUCACUUACAUCGAUCUCCUCCGCCUCGUCUGUGUUGGGUUCAGGAGGACUCAUAGCGCCCGUCUCCCCUUACAAACCCGGUCACACCGUUUUCCCCCUUCCGCCUGCCGGCAUGUCUUACCCUGGAAGUUUAGCAGGUGCGUACGCGAGCUAUCCCCAGCACUUUCUUCCUCACGGAAUGACAUUAGAUCCGACCAAAUCCGGCAGCCAAUUACUUAGUGCUCAGUUUGCCGCCGCCAGCCAACUUCAGUGCAGUAAGGCUGGGAGCAGUCCCUUGGCCGGUGCUUCUCCUCCGUCUCUAAUGUCUGCUAACCUGUGCCGGGAUCCGUACUGCCUGAGUUACCACUGCGCGAGCCACUUAUCCGGUGCUUCCAGUGCCACCCAGUGCCACGAGUCCUCGGCCUUGAAGCCCGGAUACCCCCUCAUGUACCCAACUCACCCGUUGCACGGCAUGCACUCCUCGCCGCCAUCAUUCGCCGGACACCCGUUAUACCCCUAUGGCUUUAUGCUCCCAAAUGACCCUCUGCCGCACGUCUGUAAUUGGGUGUCGGCCAACGGACCUUGUGACAAGCGUUUUUCUUCUUCCGAAGAGCUUCUUAAUCACCUAAGGACUCACACUGCUUUUGCUGGGACGGAGAAGUUGAUAUCAGGAUACCCGGGUUCAUCGUCACUAGCCAACGCCGCCGCGGCCGCCAUGGCUUGUCAUAUGCACAUGCCCCCGAACGGGGGCCCGGGAAGCCCCGGAACGCUCACACUCAGGAGCCCGCAUCACCCUCUUGGACUGAGCACGCGCUAUCAUCCUUAUUCAAAGAGCCCCCUGCCCCCUGGUGCGUCGGUUCAGAUGCCGGCUGCCGCAGGUCCAUAUUACUCCCCGUAUGCCUUGUAUGGACAGAGACUGACCACGGCGUCUGCGUUAGGAUACCAGUAGAAGAUACAGACAGACGGAUAACCAUACAUUUAUAAAGGAGAUUUUAGGCCUAAAUGACUUUUAUAUUGGUUGUAUUUCAUGCAGGACGGGAUCCGUGGGCUCAAUGUAUUUAUUUGCGAUAGCUCCAAGCGUGACAAAAAUAAAAUAAUUAUAAUAUAA